UUAUGUCAUACCAAGAACAAAUCAAUGAUCAAUGACAAUGAAUUCGACAAUGAAUCAUCCGAUGAAGAUGAAUUGAAACUACAACGGACUACAUAUAAAAGUGCUAAGUUACCACCGGUCGGAUGUCGUGAUAAUGUGGAACCACGCGAUUGUGAACAAUUGUGUCAUAAUGGAACAUGUGAAAUUCGUGCUGUUAUUAUUUUGCCAAAUACAACGAACGCAACAACCAAUCCAAUUGCAUCGAAAAUACAUGCAACGUUGCAACGGGUUCUACCAGUUAUGGAGCUUGCACGUAGAGAUAUUAAGAAAUCAAACUUAAUACCCAAAUGGUUAAAUUUCAAAUGGUAUCCAAGAGAUGAUCAUUGCCAUGCAAGUUGGGCUACAAUUGCUGCGAUUGAUGGUUACGAUAAUUGUAGUCAUGUAAUGUUUGGACCUAUUUGCGAAUAUGGUUUGGCUGCGGUUGGUCGAAUUGCAAAAUAUUUUGGCUUUUCUGGCACACCAUUAAUAACCGUUGGUGGAUUAUCAUUCGAUUUUCAAAAACCAAAAUUAACAUGCGACGAAGAAUAUUACAUGAAUAUCCGUGUGGGUACAUUAGCAUUUAAAGAUGUCUCACGCUUUUUGUUAGCUUUAAUAAAACGAUUUGAGUGGAAUAAAUUAGUAUUAUUGUAUGAAACGGAUGGCCAUGCAGAAGUCGCUGGCAUGUUUACGUGUUAUUUAAUGAUGAAAACCUUUCUGGAAGAUCUGAAAACUAUACCAGAAUUUUAUCGACAUAAUGUGGAUUUAAAAGCAGCGUCGAAAACUAGUAAUAUGACAGAUAUUUUAGAACGAGAAAUUGGUAAUACUUAUGGAGUAAUCAUAAUGUGUGCGGAUAUGUACAUGGUCCGAAACAUAAUGUUAUCCGCAGGUGAAUUAAACAUGACAAGUUCUGGCGAAUAUAUAUUUUUCAAUUUAGAUUUAGAUAAUAGGUAA